AUGCAUGGUAAAGAUACAGCUCGGACAUGGUUCAGUCCGGACGGACGCAUGCACAUACACGGAUCUGUCUCGAUCACCUCAAGCGGUCCUGACGAAAUAGAGAAUAAACAGAAUGUUGCACUGGCAGCAUGUGUCGAGCCUGUGUCCUCUUGGUCUGGCGGGAAAAGUAUAACCCAUUCCACGUUGGAAGACAUUUGCCUAAGAGCAAUCGUGUCUUUGCCAUUACGGAAAGGAACGAAGACGCAUAAGGACGAAUGCGAAGAAGGGAAAGUACGAAGGCCAAGGAGUGAACGGACGAAAGCGAGGACGCGAAGACGCAAAUGUGAAAAUGCAGAAGUACGAAAGUACGAAGGCGACGGAGCGGAGCGAAUCGACUCUGACCUAGACACGUGCGUGGACACCCACUCGGACCAAGACACGUUCGCAAACACCAACUCGGACCAAGACACGUGCGUGGACACCCGCUCGGACCAAGACACGUGCGUGGACACCCACUCGGACCAAGCCACGUUCGCAAACACCAACUCGGACCAAAACACGUGCGUGGACACCCACUCGGACCAAGUCACGUGCGUGGACACCCAAUCAGACCAAGACACGUUCGCAAACACCAACUCGGACCAAGACACGUGCGUGGACACCAACUCGGACCAAGACACGUGCGUGGACACACACUCGGACCAAGACACGUGCGCGGACACUCACUCGGACACAGACACUGGCCACCAUACAAGCAAGCAUCAUUACACCAUAUCUGUUGUGGAAUAA